UCUCUAAUCAGCAUCAAAUCUCCUCGUUUCUUUUUCACGAAGAAAAUCAAAUCCCAGUUGCCAGAAAUCCCCAAAAACUUCAUAAAUCUUGCUCAGAUUUAGUUCAAAUAAAAAUGGGUUUGUCCAUUGACACCUCCUCCUCCAAUGAAUCCCAUCCCAAAACUCACAAGGUGUUCAUAUUAAGCAACUAUCUUCUUCUAGGUGCAGCUUCCAGUUGCAUUUUCUUGACCCUCUCCCUCCGUCUCAUCCCAUCGCUUUGCGGGUUUCUCUUGAUCCUCCUCCAAAUCAUCACCAUUGGGGGUGCCAUUUCUGGCUGCACCGCAGCCAAUGCUGCCAGGGGUGCCACCAAGUGGUAUGGAGCUCACAUGGUAGCAACUGUCCUGACCGCAAUAUUCCAAGGGUCUAUAUCUGUACUGAUCUUCACAAGGCCCUCGGAUUUUCUUAGAAAUCUUAAGUCCUAUGUGAGAGAAGAGAAUGGUGUGGUGAUCUUGAAAUUGGCAGGUGGAUUGUGCGUUCUGAUUUUCUUUCUAGAGUGGGUGGUUUUGACUCUGGCAUUCUUCUUGAAAUACUAUGCUUAUGUUGAGAGAGAGGGAGCUAAUUCUCAGUCUAUGAGGAGUGCCAAGGUUCAAAAUGAGGAGAAUCCAUAUCCUUUUCAAGUCAAAUUUUAAUCAAAUCUUGGUGGAGCUUGUUGUAUUUGGGGUAGUAUAUAUGACUCUGAUUAGCGAUUAAUCAUCGCUUUAAGUAUUCUUUUAGUUUGUUGGUUCUUUAAUUUGAUGGGAUUUGUUGCUGUUAUUAUUGUAUUGGGAAACUUGUAAUACUGCACUGUUUAGCUGUGAUUCACAUGACUUGUUCAAUCGGAUUUCUUGUAUUGCCAUAGCACUUCGCUGAUUAUUGCUGGCUUUGCCACA